AUGCCACAGACUACAAAUAUUGAGAAAGUCUCAGACUUACUCAAGGAUGAUAUCUCAUUAGAGAAGAUAUCUGGAAUUAAAGAACAAUUAAUAAAAGAAAAGUCCACACUAGAAUAUCAAUUAAGUAAAAAAUCAGACCAUUACUAUGGGUUAGUAGAAGAAGGUUUGAAUUUACUAGACAUCUCUCAAGAGUCAGUUAAAGUCGUUAGACAAAGUUUGAACGACGUAAAUAAAUUAAGCACAGAGAACAGAAGUUCUAUAUCUAGAUAUGACGUUAUCUUUAAUUCGACUAAAGCAUAUGAAUUUAUUGACAUGACAGCAUCAAUUUAUGAUAAAAUUAUUCAAUAUGGAGAACUUACGAAAGAAAUUGAGCGUCUAAUUGAAGAAGAACUUGAUCAAGAUCCGGUCGAGACAGGUUGUCCUUACCUUUUACAAAUACAUUAUAUGUUAUCACAAGCUCGUGAUUUCGAAGAUCAGAUGACUGUUAUGGCAGAUGUAUCCAGUGACGAUGCUAAACGAACAGUUCAGAAGUUAUUUCAAAAAAAUGAAGUUCUAGUUAAAAAAUUCGAUAAAUUAUUGGGCGGAUUAAUAGUUGAUAUAAUUGAAAUAGUAAGGUCGGAGAAUUCUUCUUUAGCGAUAAGAGUUUUUAAAGUGGUGGAUCUUGAAGAAAAGGAAGAUCUUAAAAUUAUUGCUUUAAGAAAUAUAAUAAUGCAACAAGCUAUUGAAUUGAAUAGUUCAAAAAGUAAGAAGUUACCAAAUUCGGUACAAACUUCUAAAUUUUCUUUGGACAAGAUAACAGACAAGGAUUAUCAACUCAAGAAGGCUAUUUAUGACGAGUUAUUGAAUGGUUCGAUAUCGGGCAGAACUAAUGUGAGAAACUAUAAAAGUUUUGUCUUUGACACCAUCAGACAAUCGAUACAGAAUAUAUUUAUUGAAGUACGAAGAGAAUACCAAGGUGAGAGGAGAUUCGAAGUUUUAGAAAACCUUGAUUGGGUAUUCAAUGAAUUAUUAUUGGUUAAAGAUCAUCUAUCGAAAUAUUGUCCAGAAUAUUUGAAUAUUUUUGAUAUAUAUUUUGAAUUUUAUUACGAUGAACUAAAUGUUUUAAUUAACGAACUAGUGGAAUCUGAACCGGAAACCAUAUUUAUUUUAGACAUAUUAGAUUUCGAUAGAACAUUUAAGAAAGUAUUAAUCAGUGAUUUUGGUUUCGAUAAGAAUGAUGUCAAAACAAUCAUUGGUGAUGAACAAAAAGAAAGAUUAUUUGCUGAUUAUUUGAACUUAUUAGUUACUAAAAUGCAAGAAUGGAUAUCUAAUUUGAUUAAAGCAGAAUUUGAUAUAUUUUCCGAAAGAUCAACUCCGCCACAUACGGAUUCUGAAGGUUUAUUGUACUUAGACGGUACAAAAACAUGUUUCCAAAUGUUUACGCAACAAGUUGAAGUGGCUUCGGGAUCAAAUCAAUCUAAGAUCUUAGUAGGUGUUAUCGAAAAAUUCUGUGGACUAUUACAAACUAGACAGAAGGACUGGAAUGUUGAAAUACAAACCGAAGUUAAGAAACUGAUUAAAUAUAAUCAAUUAUACAACAUAGAUCCUCACAAUAUACCUUCAGAAUAUGACUGUCCGGGUGGUUUAGUUGAAUACUUGACUGCUGUGGCAAAUGACCAAAUGAGAGCAGCUGAUUAUGCUGUAGCUAUUUCGAAUAAAUAUGGUGAACUAGUCAGCAAAGUAUAUGAAAAAUCAAUAACCAAUCAUAUUGAAAGUACCCUUGAUGGUUUUGCAGAAGUUGCAAAGCGUGCAUCGAUGGGUAUUAUUACUAUUAUGUUUGAUGACUUAACUAAGCCAUAUGAGGAGAUAUUUGGUAAAACAUGGUAUAACGGUUCGCAAGCACAACAGAUAUCGGAUACCCUAGUUGAAUAUUUGACGGACUUGAAAACUCAAAUGAAUCCUUUUGUCUUUACAACUUUAGUUGAGUCUGUUGUAGAAGAGACUAUUUUAGAAUUCGUUGGAUCAUUGAAGUAUGAGCAUUCGUUUAAAAAUAAAAAUAAUAAAUUUUUAGAAUGUAUGAAGAGAGACUUCGAAAUAUUUUAUAAAUUAUUUAUCCAAUUCAUUCCAGAUACUGAGGAUAAAGCAAUAAUCAUUGAUGAGAAAUUUAAAUUAAUGGAAUUUUUCAUGGACUUCAGUUGUAGUCCAGCGGAUGAAAUAUUGAAUACAUGGAACAAAUGUCUUGCUGAAUAUUGGGACACACCAGUGGAGAUGUUGCAAGCCAUUUUAAAGUGCAGGAAAGAUAUUGAUAAUUCUAAGCGCAAGCAGCUUGUGCUUGAAGCCAGUAGGAUAUUUGCUGAUCCUGAACGUGUGUCUCAAAUGGUCAACAACGGAGUUCCCCCAACAUUCAUUAGUAGAUUAGUAUUAACCUAA